AUGUCGGAGCCUUCUCUCCUGCCAGCACUUGAACAGAUUACGCCUAAUAACCAUGGUGCAACGGUGUCCAUCAUUACUUUCGUUCUUCUUUCCGCUUCAGUUAUCGUGGUCGUGGCCAAGGCCAUGUCCAUCGUAUAUUUGAAGCGUUCACUGCCUUCGGUUGAUAUCCCACUCUGGAUCUGCAUGGCCAUAGUAUUUGUUCAAAGCAUUCUGGUCCAGUUCGCCGUGGACCAUGGUAUGGGAAGACACCGCAAUGACAUUUCCAGUAACUCAUUCGAUAUGUAUAACAAGCUUACUUACACCGCUCAGCUCCUUUUCAUCCUGGUACUCUCCCUGUCCAAAAUCUCGACGGUCAACCUCAUCCUCUCAAUCAACCCCAGCGAAAGAAUUCAACAAUGCUGUCUCAUCACGCAGAUUGGAGUAGGGCUCUGGACGCUCUUCGCGCUGUUCGGACUUGCAUUCCAAUGUUCACCGCCGUACUGGGAAUACUCGGCCACUCGCUGCGUAGGCAAUGGGGCCAUCCUGUAUCCAGUUACAAUAACCAAUAUGGUCCUUGAUGCGGCUGUGGUUGUCAUCCCUGUCGUCAUGCUGUGGAAUGUUCAAAUGCCGAAGAUACGGCGUGUUAAGAUUUCUGCGGCGUUUGCAUCUCGGUUGGUUGUGACUGUUCUCAAUAUUAUCCAAGUGUCGUACUCGGGGAAGUACCUUAACUCAACUGAUUUGACGGACAAUCCUCAGCGUGACUACUUGUAA